AGUGUACAAAUAAGACCUAUGAAUAGGGGAAAGAGGGAAUUAGUCUGGGAGGGUUCAUGGCAUGGGUCUUUGUACGAGGCCUUUGUAUGUGGAUCGGCUUGAAUCUAGAAUUUAGACAGCCUUGGACAUUUAUUUGCCUGUUGGCAAGGGGUCGCGUGGGGGAUUAGGCCUAGUUGGAAAAUAGAAAAAGAUUUAGAGGUGAGGGAAGCAGAGGCGAAGGAGAUGGCAGGAGGAAUAGGAGCAUUUUGGGGAACAAGAGUGAUGGAGAUAGUGAAGAAGCACGACUCCGGAGGCCUCCUUUGGAAGAGAAUUAAGCUCACUUCUACCCGCAAAGCCAACGCCAAGAAGCGUCUCCAUCGCGUUUGGCAGAAUGAAGCCGUUUUGAGGGCCUGUGCUGAACCACCUCCUUCAAUAACAACUGAUGUUGUAGCUGGUGGUGCUGGUGAGAAAGAUGGGGAAUGGCCAACUUAAUGGGCUAAUUGCGGAAGAGAUUACAUGAGCCUCAAAGGAGGAUUUUGGUGAUUCUCGUCUUCAUGGUGCAAAAUUUUUACAGUUUGAGAUUUGAAUUUAGUUGUAUGCCAUCAGUGACCAGUAUUUUUAUUCUUGUUUAAGACCAUUACUGUAUCAUGUAUGAGCAUAUGUAGUAUGCAGCUUGUUGGUCAUUGGACAUAGGCAAUACUAAUCUCAUAUCCCUAGCAAAUUUCGUGUGAGCACUAGCUUGUCAAUGAAAUAUUCUAAAGUUGCUUGCUAACGAUGUGAAUCUUUUAACUUUACCAUGACGACUUGACGAAAUAUGGUUUUUCUAACCCUUUACUUUCCAUUUGUUUGUUCUUAGAUGAUCACAUCAGUGAUAAUCGUCAAUAAACUUUACUAGUGUAAAUCAAGUUUUUGAGAUGGUAGAAAGAGUUGGCUUAAAAGUUCACAUUCUUAAAAUUCAGCUGCAGCUGGUUUGCUUGUUUCGGCAAUUGACAGGGACGUUCAUAAUAAAAUUGAUGAUGUACACUGUGCAGAUUUUUACAUCCAUGGCGAAACAGCAUAUCAUUGUUUAAAGGCUUGAUGGAAUCUUAUGAUUUUUCCUCAAGAACCUUUCCCUUUCGAAUACAAAGAUAACAUUGAAUCUUGUUGUAAGACGAUGUGGUCCAUUUUGGUACUGAAGAAGGGGGGUGGAAGUUGGAUUGAAAUGUGUACUCAAAACCACCUAUAGAAAAGGUUGGGAAACCCCUCCUAUUUGUCUUUCUAAAGGUCCGAGGACUGAUUUUGACAUUUGAAAAAUAGAAUAGACUUACCAAUUCUUCCUUUUAUACGUCUCUAUACCUCCUAGAAUUUUAAGAGAUCAGCCAGUAAUUGAGUUUUCAUAUUUUUCCACUCAACAAUCACAUGAUAAUCUUCACACAUUUCUUUCUUUACCAAUAUUUUGCUCAUAAUAUCAUCUGCCAUGUAAUUUUUGUUGGUUAACAUAGUUGGCAUGUUAAUACGUUUUUAGGAAGUUGAAAGAUGUCCCUUUACAUAUUGCUCUUCAAAAAGUUUCUUGAGCUUCGAAACUCUUACGACCAUCAUGGAGGUUGUAGGUAUGCCAUUGGCCUCUCUCUCUCUCUCUCUCUCUCUCUCUCUCUCUCUCUCUCUUUUAAAAAAAGAAAAGAGCUCAGCAUUUAAAUGCAUGGUGGAACCUCUUGGAUAUGGUCAAUAGCCUGAAAUUAUCAUAGGACUGUUCUCAGCUGUCAAGACAUUUCAUUUCUCAAGUAUAAUAACUAGGCAAUAAUUUCGAAAAAUGUUUCUUUGAUUAGAUUAGAUUCAUAUUUUCAUGAUAACACUAUUUUUUGAAUGUGGUUAAAAUAUUGAAGAUGUCAUUGUUGCAGGUAUACCAAGCAACCCUUUAAAACUUCGAUCUAUCCAAACAUACAGCGCAAAAAAGUGGUUGGUUCUUUUGGAACCGGUCAACAUACAUAAUUGAUAGCACAUUCCCCGUCUGCAAGUUGUUUGCUUUUUAAAAUGUCAAAUUUACCCACAUUCGGCCUUUGUAUAUUUCUCGGAUAGUUAAGUGAAUGACCCAAUCAGGUGAAGGCUACAAACUUUUGGUGCUGUUCAUUGUGUCGUGUGGUGUGGUCCACCACGAGGGGUUACCCACAUGAUUGGCAAUUUUGAAGCCCAUCUCACCAAUCCCCCAAACCCAAUCCAAAUUUUCUUCUCCCUCUCCCUUUUUUCUUGAAAAUGAAAUUUAUACAUAUACAAAAGUGACGUGAAGAACUCCAACAGCCCGGGCUGAUUCUAAAACCAUUGUCACAAGAAACUCUGGUCGGCAUAUAUGUGUUUUUUUGCGUCAUCCAUUAUUUUAAAACUUGAAAUUUUGUUUUUGCCCUUCCUGUUACGGCAUAACAAAUUACUCAAUUAUGGACGAUAUUAGCAUGUUAAUCAAGGUAUAAUCUAUGCCGUCCAGAGUCUGUCUGGCGCCCAUUUGGCAAUCAUAUAAAGCUCCAUGGCCCACUCUUUAACCUCUCAGGUUUAUGAUAUCACAUCCUUUGUGUACAGUGACAACCCUCCUUAUGUAAGUAAAUAUUAUUUUUAUUUUUGUUUCUAACAUUUGCCAGUAUAAAAUACUAAAUCAACAAGUCAUGGAUGAUUAUCAUAAUUGAUAACUUGUAUUUUCGGCUUAGAUUUAUGGUUUAAUUAUCGGGAGUGAGUCAGCAAUAAAAGGACACAUGCUCCUUUGCAUGCAAGACACGUGUACUAUGUAUAACAAUAAAUGUAACUCCUCUCCAUUAUUUGAAAAGUAUAAUACCAAGGGAACAUUGAAUGCUAUUUUGCAUAUUAUUGAAGUCAAAAUUGCAGGGUAGGUGGACAAUAGCGGGAGAAUCUUACUGUUAGAUACCUUUGCUACCUGUUGAGCAACAAAAUUUCAAAUGCGAGAAUAAUUUAUAUUGGAUAGAAGUUAGAGGAGGGUCUACAUUUCUUUAUGUACAAGGAAUGCUUAAUAAGUCGUGAUCUGAUGGAUUAUUAACU